GAAGUGGGAAGUUAAUUUCGCUAGAAUAACGGAACUAGCUAGGGUUCUUUACCGGAAGUCUAAGUGCCGGUUAGUUAAAAUCAGAGCCAUAGACCAUCUCUCUAUGGCUCUGGUUAAAAUGUUCUGCGCUGUUUACGUACUUCCUCUUCAAUUGAGCCCCGAAGAUUCGGCCGGAUCAUGUCCGACUCUGCGGAUUACAACAGUUCCAGAGAUAAAGACCAUGGAGGCCCCGAAGGAAUGGAGCCUGAUGGUGUCAUCGAGAGCAACUGGAAUGAGAUCACAGACAACUUUGAUGACAUGAUCCUGAAGGAGACACUCCUGAGGGGAAUCUAUGCCUAUGGUUUUGAGAAGCCAUCAGCCAUUCAGCAGCGGGCAAUCAUUCCAUGCAUCAAGGGUUAUGAUGUUAUUGCUCAGGCCCAGUCAGGCACAGGGAAGACGGCCACUUUUGCCAUUUCCAUCCUACAGCAGCUGGAGAUUGAGCAGAAAGAGACUCAGGCUCUGGUACUGGCUCCAACCAGGGAGUUGGCCCAGCAGAUCCAGAAAGUCAUUUUGGCUCUGGGUGACUACAUGGGGGCCACUUGUCAUGCCUGCAUUGGUGGUACAAACGUGCGCAAUGAGAUGCAGAAACUCCAAGCGGAGGCGUAUCACAUAGUGGUGGGGACCCCAGGCCGUGUCUUUGACAUGCUGAACCGACGAUACCUUUCUCCUAAGUGGAUCAAGAUGUUUGUCUUGGAUGAAGCUGAUGAAAUGCUGAGUCGAGGAUUCAAGGAUCAGAUUUAUGAAAUCUUUCAAAAGUUGAGCACAAACAUCCAAGUUGUGCUGCUCUCAGCCACCAUGCCAUCUGACGUGCUGGAGGUGACCAAGAAGUUCAUGCGCGAUCCAAUCCGCAUCCUGGUGAAGAAGGAGGAACUUACCCUCGAGGGUAUAAAGCAGUUCUACAUCAAUGUGGAGCGUGAGGAGUGGAAAUUGGACACCCUCUGUGAUCUGUACGAGACUCUGACAAUCACCCAGGCUGUGAUCUUCUUGAACACAAGGAGAAAGGUGGACUGGCUGACUGAGAAGAUGCAUGCCAGGGACUUCACCGUCUCUGCGUUGCACGGAGACAUGGAUCAGAAGGAGCGUGAUGUGAUCAUGCGGGAAUUCCGCUCAGGAUCCAGCAGGGUCCUGAUCACUACCGAUUUGCUGGCUCGUGGAAUUGACGUACAGCAAGUCUCUCUAGUCAUCAAUUAUGACCUUCCCACAAACCGAGAAAACUACAUCCAUAGAAUUGGACGUGGUGGCCGUUUCGGCAGAAAAGGAGUUGCCAUUAACUUUGUUACAGAGGAGGACAAGAGGAUUCUUCGGGACAUUGAGACAUUUUACAAUACUACUGUUGAGGAGAUGCCUAUGAAUGUGGCUGAUCUGAUUUAAACUCCUGGGCUGGUAUCUUUUAUGCAGUGCUCUCUGUAGCUCAAAUAAAACAGGUGCAUUGUGCUUAUUUUAUCAGAACGUGGUGAAUCGUAUCUCAAUGCUGAACCUGGAUAAGUGACAUUUUUCAAAGUGACGUGGCCGUGGCUGCGAGCUCUCUUUAGGAGACCUCAGUAGGUGCGAUCCUAGUCACCAUUAUACUA